GCAGAUAAAACAUUACACGCUUUUAUUUCAAAUUAGAUAUUAAAUUUAAAAAAAAGCAUGAGAUUUUUUAUUUCUAGUUUCAACUUGAUUAAUCAAAACAUGAUCGACAAUUUGGAAGAUGAUGUUGAUAUUUCAGAGGAACUUGCCGAUACGUCUGAUCUGCCGACAUCUGUGAUAAUCACCAACGUUGAAAAUGAAAUAUUCACGGAUGAAUACCGCAAGAUUGAAUUUGAAGAAAUUUUCCAGCAUUUUGAUGAAGGAGCAUCUUUUCAAUACUUCAAAAGCUUUCGUCGAGUGCGUGUGAAUUUCACAAACCCGACUGCUGCAGCUAAAGCUAGAAUUCAAUGUCAUCAAACAAAAAUUGGAGAUAGUGUUGUUAACUGUUACUUCGCUCAGCCGAUUGCAUCUACUGGUAAUAAGGAUGGCGAAGCAUCAGAUUCAUACCUUCAACCUCCUUCACCUGUUCGUCAGUUUCUUAUAUCUCCUCCUGCUUCACCACCUGUUGGAUGGGAGCCAGUUGAUGAAGCACGACCAUGCAUAAAUUAUGAUCUUCUGUCUGCCCUUGCAAAACUUACUCCAGGUGAAGCUCAUGAAUUGCACCCUCCAUCAGGAUCACAGCCUGGUAUUGUUGUUCAUGUAUGUGAAGAUCAAAAAUUGGAUGGUCCUCGAUUAAAGAUUGUACAAACUCGUCGUCCAGACAGUGUAGAUUCUUCAAGCAGCUCUUCUCCACCAUCAUCACCUACAUCUUAA